GGCACUCCUGUGGGCGUUGCCUUCAUGAUUGCAGGCGCCGUAUUGCGUGUCGACAAUAUCAAGGCAACCUUCUCAAGUCUGGGUAUGUUUAUAGUAACUGUUACCGCAAGUCUGGGCAUUCUCUUCUUCUGCUGCAUCAUCCUGUUUGCGGUCGUCACCAGACGGAACCCUUUUGGUUUGCUUCGGGUCUCGAUCAAGGCAUGGUUUAUUAGUUUCGCCACUACAAGUCCAGUUGUUGCAAUACCCGAAAUGUAUGCAGGCUGCGAUGACUAUAAAAUAGCCCAAUCAACUUCGCGAUUUGGCUGUCCACUGGCUAGUGCUCUAAAAGCAGACGGUCCUGCUGCCUUUAUUGCUUGUGCGGUGCUUUUUGUGGCUCAGACAGGAACCACACCCAUUUCGUCGGGAACAAUCGUCGUCAUAUGGCUACUAACGUCAGUAUCCGUUCUGGCAAUCCCUCCUAUACCGAGUGCCAGUAUUGUUAUUACCAUGACAAUUCUUUCUUCAGUCGGUGUAUCUACAUCAAGUACAGCCUACCUGUAUACCAUUGAUUGGCUUCUAGACCGCUUCAGGUCUGGCCUAUCAACUCUAAGUUCAAUGUAUGGCGUGGCAAUAGUGGACCAUGUUUCGCAGAAGCGCAAACGAACGAAAUUGGAUUUGGACACAGACAUGGACUUUACCUACUUUUAA